AUGCCCACGACUUAUUCGUCAACCCAAUACCUGGAUUGUCCGAGAACCAUGUUCAAUGGACCUGGGGAUCGCAGAAGAUUUAUCGCACAACCACGCGAGCGUUCGCCGAAACGACAUUCAAAACGACGUCGUUCGCGAGGUUCACGGGAGCGAGGGGAAAGGGAGCCACUGCCUCCGUAUGGGUAUCCCUACAUGGAGGCGGGUGACAAGAUGGGUAACGGUUCUAAUGGCGAAUUCAAAAGAAUGUUCACUGGAAAUCCUGACAUUGAUCCAUAUCAUCCAGGAAUGAUGGAAUUCAGAGGUCCUCCCAGACGAGAUAUUAUGCCGCUGGUCAUGCCUGCUAACGAACGUGUUCGCGAGGGAAUAGUUUUUGAGUAUGGCAACUACUAUGAGUUUUUGGUUGAUCUGCUUGACGAAAGCAAUAAAGUUCUCAUGAGAGUGAAUCCUCUAGGGCAGCCUAGACGUAUAGAAGAGAGAAUUUCACCAACUACUCGUGCAGAAAAAUCGCGCAUCAUCGUGCCGUCCUAUGAUUUUGACAGAAACGAUCUUUUACAUUGUGAUAUAGUAAUCACAGGACUCCCACCGAGUGUAUUUUUCGGCAGCGGAUUUGGUCACAGGCCUGUGCUUGCAAGAGAUGCAGCUGCGAAAGAUUUAGUUGACAAAUUUUAUCGAGUUGGAUUAGUUACAGAAGCUUUACAUGCGUCCAUAGGCAGCUCUCCUGUUUUUAGAAAGGGUAAUCUUCCUGAAAAGGAUUAUGCUAUAGCAUUGGAUGCACUUAUUGAUCUCGACAAGAAGAUGUCAGAAUGUUCUUGGCCAUGGGACAUUUUCUCAGCUAGAGAGUUAGAACAGGAUGUACUCGACAGGCUGAAAUUCGUUUUCAAUGCGGUUAUUGACGAUAUUUAUUUCCGUGGAAAUCAACAUGGUCGGGACAGAUUUAGAGCAGACCCGAUGGAUACGAAUGGUUCAAUGAACUCUGGCAUUAUCGAAUAUCCUAAGAAGAUGGAGUUUUGUCGCCGAUGCAAACUCAGUGGUCAUUCGGAGGGAGAAUGUGGAGAUGAAUAUGCGGAGAAGAGACUCAAAGAGCGAGCUCGAUCUCGCUCCCCUUCACGGAGUUUCAGAACAGAACCUCAUUAUGAUCGUUUUCGACAAGGUGAAUGGUAUCAUGAUCACAGAGAUAUUGGAAACGUUGGGACGCAGUAUACGCCAGAUGAGAUUGCGCAGAAGAUUGCCGAACAGCGCGGAGAAUUACUUCGUCGAGAAAUGAUGAUGCGGCCAAUUGAAGCACAGUCGGCACCUCAUUCCCUUUUGUCUAAAACGGCAUUCCUCCCACAGCCACUUUUGCCGCCUGGCAAGGACAUUGCGACGUUUGAUCAACCUUAUAACCCAUCAGCUAAUCCACCCUUUUUGGAACACGAAUUCAGACCAACUCGGGGAGGAGAAGAAUUUAGCACGGGAAGGGGAGCAGACCCACGACGGAUUGAUGAAGAGCAGUUUUUGAGGGAGAAAGAAAGGGAACUCGAACGUCGUAUGCAGAAGGAAUUUGAAGAUAGAAGACGAGUGUUGGAAGAAGAAAUACGCAAACAAGUGCAAGUGGAGGAACGGGCUAAGUUGCAGAUGGAGUUAUCGCAGCGCCUUCCUCAUCGCGCUCCUCAAAUUUCAGAUAACUCAUUCCCAUCAUUUUCGCCCAAAUAUCCAAGCAGUUCUGCGUUCCUCUUACCUCCUUCGCUUUCUACGUUCGUCGGAAAUAAGUAUGAUAUUGAACCCAAUCCAGAGUCAUACUCGUCGGCUCCUGAUUUUGAAAUAGAGGAGAUUAAACGUCUCGUCAAAGAAACCGAGGAAAAAUUGUUGGACCUUCAGCGCAACGCUCGUGAGGCAGAGUUGGCGGCCAUAUUUGAAUCACGUGCAUUCCGAACAGUGGCAGAACUCGGCGAGAAUGCUUAUUUAUUAGAUCGCAGCCAGAAACAACUUCUUCUUUCUGAGCUGAAAGAAAUUCUUAGCCAUCCCGGCCCUCCGGAGAGGAACACAGGUCACCUACGGCGUAGUAGAAGCAGGGAGAAAUCCAGGAGGAAACGUACCAGUCACCACCACGACCGUGGUUAUUCGCAUCGAUCAAGAUCUUCAAGACGCCAUGGCAGCUACAGAAGCUCGGGCGACAGGGAAACUUUUAAGGAAGUGCGGCACCAAAUUGGUGGUGUCACUGUACGGAACCUCGAUUCAUCCGAGCAGCGUCGAUUGAAAGUGGGUGACAUUGUUGCGGCACAAGACGAGAAAACCGGAAAAUGGGCGACUGCCCAUAUUGCAAAGAUUUCCGGUGACACAGCAACUCUAGCUACUGGUAAUACUACGUGGAAGAAGGCUCUCCACGAGUUAUUCAAAGAAGUUCCUGAGUGGUCUGUAGUCUACAGGAUACAUGAAUAUAUAAUGUCUGUGGCAGAGGUAGAAAACAUUGAAGAAGGUCUCCAUAGUAGCAUUCAAGCUGAGGGAAUCAAGGAUGUAACAGUACAGGACGCUGAGGAGGUGACAAAAUGUUCGAGAGAUAUAUGCGACAGUUACAGGAAUAUCUGCCGAGUAGUGAAGAACUACGCAUCAAUUCGUGCGGAUGACGCCAUAGUGCUAGGAAACCCACCGGAAAGUCUACAGGAGUUGGAUCAGGCUGAACGCAUUAAAGAAGGCUGCGAAAUAACAAAGGAGCACGAACAAAAUGCGAUGAGAAUCGACAACAAUAUCCUGAACAGUGGCUACUUCUCACCACUGAUUCGGUUGCGAAUAGAUGAAGUGUUAUCUCGGCAUGUCGCUUCAUCGUCUUCAGUGGUACCCGGAGGCCAUAUGCGGGUUUCGUUUCUAGACCCUCAUAUUCAGUCUGGGCCGCAGUGUGGUCUUGCUGCGUUGUCAAUGUCAAGUCAGCUUCUUGGUCUAGAAAGAAAAAAGAUAUCUGAUAUGUUGGAAAAGGCUAAAAAGCUCGGAUUCACUGUUCAGGGAGAAAUGUUUUCUGCAGACUGGCUGGGUGAACUAGCAUGUGCAUUGUGGCCUCUCGAUGCUGAGAUACUCUCCUUUCCUAGUCCAGAUGAACUUAUUAAAUUAAUGGCAGCUGAUUACGCUGUUUUCGUUCCUUAUGAUUGCGACAGAAAUCACGAACCAGCGUUACGGAAUGGACAUGGUGCUCAUUGGGCGAUAUUGGUUGGUUUUCUCAAUGUAGAUAUCAAUGUAAUUGGCCUCCACUCUGCACCACCUGAUUUGCAUGUUUUGGAAGACGAGUCAUUCUACGUAUUUGCGUAUCACGGAAAGAGCAAACAUAUGGCCCUAUGGUCUUACUGUUGUCUUCGGCGAAGCUGUUGCCAGUUGUAUGAACCAGGACCAAUGAGGAAAGCACCAGACUACAUGAUCCCGGAGGAUGGUUUAUCGCAACUUCGAGGAAAAUGUGUAUGCCUGAAAAAGCUUGAAGGCAGUAUUUCUGAAAAAUGA